AUGAUUAGCUACGCCCUACUUCUAUCUUUUGGCUUCCUUGGUGUAGGUCUCGGUGCAGGUAUAGGAGAUCUCCAGGGAUUUUGCACUGAAGAGCCUGCAUUAGCUGUUGAACCUGGUACGCAGCUGGCCAUGAAACUCAACAUCAAAGAUGAUGCUCUAUGCACAGCGGAGAUCGCCUUCUCCGAGUACCUAACGUUUUCCUGGAGAUUCCAGCCUGAGCACUGCGGAGGUCCGCAGUUAGCCCAGUUCACUCUUCCAACCGGCAUCCCAAAUGGGGAUGCCUAUAUCACAUGGGGCUGUGCCGAUGAAUCCUUGUCUUGCAACCGUAUCGUGGUAAGCAAUGGCAAGGGUGACCCAACCUUGCCAACACUGAUAACCGAGACUGCCCACUGCGUCUCGCCAACCACUCUCAUCACCCAUGUUGUCACUGCCGAUCCUGAAAAACCGACCGGUGUAUUCUUAGAUACUAGGUUGCUGUAUCCUAUUAUCCCAUCAAGUGCCAAUUUGGAUACCACUUCCCCUGUUGCGACCACCCCAGCCACUCCAAGACAGCCAUGGAUUACGCCGAGUAGCUACCGAUCUCUUAUAGGAACGGGAGAAUCUCGUAAGCCCCAUGAAACAAGCGCGCGGUUGCCUACAGGCACGUCUGCUGUUGCGACCUCGACUGCAAUCAACACGUCGACUAACACGGCCUCGAUCACUGUCCCUGUUCUCGUUCCCAUAGAUGACACCACCACCACAAUCACUACUACCAACACUGCCCCGGUUACCGUCCCUGUUCUUGUUCCUAUAGAUGACACCACCACCACCCCCACCACCACCACCCCUUCCUCCGCAACCAACACUGCCUCAGAUACAGCCCCUGCUCUAUCUAUCCCUAGCGACCGCACCACGGAAGGCAGCUGGACCAAUAAGCCCUCUUAUAUCACCGUAACAUCUAUCAUUUCAACAUGCCUGAUGCCAAUGCCGACAUCGAAGGAUGUGCAAGGAUGA